AGUUGCGUCACUUCCGGGAAGAGCGCGCCUCGCUGAGGAGAAUUGAGACGGGCGUACCUUGCGCUAGAAUUCCACGGGUUGCCUUCUUUGAUUCCCUGGGACUGCGGUUUCGCGGGAAGACUGUCCGCUACGGCUUAUUGUGGACACGUAAACUGUCAGGGAAGCUCGAGUUGUCAGUACUGCAAGCUUUUCCGUGUGAAGGGAAAUUUUUAAUCUAAGUUCUCAUAGUUGACUCAACUGUUGACAGAAAUCUUUAAGAGGUAAAGCUAAACCCUGAGCAACAUUUCAGCUAAUUUUAUAAAAAUGUGUGGAAAUAAAGCAAUCUGAAGGAAAUUCAAGACCACAAAAUUUACUGACUGAACUACAUGGUAUUGUACAUACCAAUAAGAGUGUUUGGAGAAAGACCUUUUUAUUCUGCUAAGUCAUGAUGGAAGCAGAAGACCAGCAGCAAUGGAAGAGAACCUUUUUCUCAGAACUACCUAAAGUGGAACUUCAUGCCCACUUGAAUGGAUCCAUUAGUUGUAAUACCAUGAAGAAAUUAAUAGCUAAGAAACCAGGUCUCAAAAUCCAUGAUCAAAUGACUAUGAUCGAUAAAGGAAAGAAAAGAACUUUAGAAGAAUGUUUCCAGAUGUUUCAGAUUAUUCAUCAGCUUACUACUAGCCCUGAAGAUAUUUUAAUGGUCACAAAAGACUGGUUUUCUUCUCUUUACAUGUUCUUUGUGUCCUUUCCAGGAAUGACUAAAAAAACUUAUGUGGAAUCUGUACUUGAGGGUAUAAAACAGUCUAAACAAGAAAACUUAGACAUUGAUGUUAGAUAUUUGAUAUCAAUAGACAGAAGAGGUGGCCCUUCAGUGGCCAAGGAGACUGUUAAACUUGCUGAAGAAUUCUUCCUUUCUACUAAAGAUACAGUUAUUGGCCUUGAUCUCAGUGGAGACCCUACAGCAGGACAAGCAGAAGAUUUCUUGGAACCACUUUUGGAAGCAAAAAAAGCAGGUCUAAAGUUGGCAUUACAUCUUUCAGAGAUUCCAAACCUCAAGAAAGAAACACAAGUACUCCUGGAUCUGCUUCCCGACAGAAUUGGGCAUGGGACAUUUCUCAACUCCUCUGAGGGAGGAUCCUUGGAGCUGGUGGACUUUGUGAGGAAACACCAGAUACCGCUGGAACUCUGUUUGACCUCAAACAUCAAAAGUCAGACAGUUCCAUCUUAUGACCAGCAUCAUUUCGGAUUCUGGUACAGCAUUGCCCAUCCUUCUGUGAUCUGUACUGACGAUAAGGGUGUUUUUGCAACACACCUUUCCCAAGAGUACCAGCUGGCAGCCGAAAAUUUUAAUUUGACCCCGUCUCAGGUAUGGGAUUUGUCUUAUGAAUCCAUCAACUACAUCUUUGCUUCUGACAGCACCAGGUCUGAACUGAAAAGGAAGUGGAAUCAGCUGAAACCCACAGUGUUACAUUUUUAAGCUGUAAUGAAGUGAAUUACUUUUGAGUAUGAGUUGCAACCAAGAUCUUCCUGCCAUAUUUCUUUUAGUAAACCAUCCACCUCUCACGAUUAAUUCCUUUGGAAUCAAGUUAUUGGUUUUUUAAAAAUAUUUCUGCCUUUCUCUUAUUUUGAUCAUAAUGGAGCUAUGCCAGCCAGAUACUUCUUGAGCUGUAGGGUACUUUAAGCUUCUAUUUCCAGCCUUCAUUAUUUUUUGUCACACACACCCCCUCCUCACUCCACCCUCACUCCCUAUUUUCAGCCUUUAAUAUGAUUUCCAGUUGUUCCAAAGUUUUGUUUCUGAAAUAGCCCAUGACGGGUGUUGGAAGAUUUAAACUAACUAAAAUAUCUCCAUAUAAUAUCUGUUAUUUUAAGCACCAUGAUGUUUCUAUCUCUCCUUCUCCCUUCCUUUCUGAAAUCAAUAAAAAUCUAUGUAUUUUUUAAAA